AUUAGCUUUUCUUUCAUAAACGAGGACAUUUCUAAGUGACCCCAAACCUUUGAACGGAUAUAUAGAUAUAGAUAUAUGUUAUACACACACACACACACACACACAGUCUUGUAUAUCUAACCUUGUAUAACUAAUGCAUUCAAAACCCUGUACCCUAACAUUAAUCCUUAAACCUAGCUCCUAACCCCAAAACUAAACCUAGCUCCUAACCCCAAAACUAAACCUAGCUCCUAACCCCAAAACUAAACCUAGCUCCUAACCCUGAACUUAAUUCUAACCAUAACACCAAUUCUAACCUUAACCCUAAACCCCCUAGAAAUAGCAUUUGAACUUGGGGACUAACAAAAUGGCCCCAGUUGGUCAAAUUUGUUUGUUUACUAUUCUUGUGGGGACUUCUGGUCCCCACAAAUAUAGUGAAACAUGUCCACACACACACACACACACACACACACACACACACCAUACUAUCUACUAAUGUCUUUAAUCUUAUGCUAUUUUCCAUUUCAACAGUUUAAAAGUCUGAAUGAAUAAUGUAUUACACACAAACAUACACACCUCAGGCAUUCAUUUCAGAGGGAUCUGUGAAGUUGUUGAUGGGAGUAGAGAGAGAGACUAGCAGGCCAGUGGCACUGAGGAAACAGAGGUCCGUCCAGCAGUCUUAACAUAGCUAGUCGGAGGGGACUAGAACGUGUCUCUCAAUGGCCAAUCCCAAAUCAACCCCUCGCAUAACCUCUUACUGUCCCCAUAGGAAACCAAACCACCCAGGAUCGCUAGCCUAGAAAAGUGAUGUAACACUUGUCUGUUUCAUAAAUAGGAGUGUGUUUCCGCUGUAGAUUACACUAUGCAUUGUGCACUGCCAAGUUAACCCUUUCACUGGCGGCAUGUAGCGUUGGUAGCUUUCAUUCAUGUCAAUCAUUUCUGUUAACUUAUUAAGAACUUUAUUUUUGUUUGUGAGACGUGGUCUUUACAAGUCAUUAAAGGAUAGAUUUACAAAGUGACUGAAGUACUGAGGAGGAGUGAGUGUAACGUGAUGGUGAUGCAGGUCUUUAUUUUCAUGUCAAUGUUCAACAGGUUGUAAAUAGUGCACGAAAACACCACACUUACAAAACAUUUGAAUGAUAUAUUCUAUUUAAAAUUAAAUAGAGGAUUUUAUAAAUGUCAGAAGGCACAUUAACUUGCUUUGGAGACAAUGUAAUAUGAUGACCAUGCAUCCAUCCUUUUGGAUAAAGAGGGAAUGUAUUGAAAACACUAAAACGUCUUUACUUUUGGUUAUGUUGCAACAGUUAUUAUGAAGCUAAAUGCUCAUGGCACUUAAGAUAAGGAUUGUCUUCAGGAAAGAAAACAGUUGGAUGUUGUGGUUCAACUUUACUUUACAAUCCUGUAUUUACCAGGUAUUUACUUAAAUAGUAGAAUGAUCAUUAGAAUAUCCACCUAAUGACAACUUUUAUUAUUUAAAAAAAAGUUAAUUGUAAUAGUUUCUAAUUCUAUUGAAUUCUUUGAGAUAAGUGCCAAAAGGUAUGACUGUUACCAUAGUUUCAUAGUAAAUACCAGGUAGAUACUAGAUGAAGCAGGGCUGUAAAAUAAAGUCUGACUGAUGCCCUAUGUUUACAUGAUGGUAACUGUGUAAAUCUGAUGAUUGACAAGCCCAUAUCCACUCAUUAAAACAUUGAUUGAACGGACAUUCAAGUUGAACCACGUGGGCUUACAGAGGCAUCGUUGAAAACUCCACUUUGUGUGAUUUAAAUGUGCAAAUGUAACAUGGUACGAUUGUGAUAAAAGCAACCUAAUAAAUGAAGCGUUGACCUUCUGAAGAACAGUUGUCAUGUUGUUGUGUCCAAAAUGUCAGCUUUAUGCCAACUGAUAAGUGGUGAGAAUGCUCUAUCUGACUAUUUUAAACCUACACAACAACUUUUGCAGUAAAGAUAUUGUUUUCACUUCCCUUUUCUCAAGACAUAUUUAAAGGUUGUUCUCUAGUAUUCUGCACGAGACUGUAUCGGUCUAGGUGUCGACAGAAGUACAGACUUCUCCCUCCAUAGAAGCACAGAGGUCUGGCAAAGGAAGACAGUUUUUAAACACGGAACACUGAGGUCUAACACCAAGAAUGACGUUUGUGUUUUGGGUGUGGAGGCCCGGUGUGAGUGUGCUGCUGCUCAUGUGUGUGUGUGACGGAGCAGAAGGGGUGAUCAGGCGUCACUGUGACUGCUAUGAGGAGGAUAUGUAUGUACAGAAAGACAUUGGAGGGUUCAUACAGUGUUCCCUUAAGCCUGGCCUGGGACCCUAUGCUGAGUGCACAGAGAUCACUGACCUCAGGUCUGUGCUGGAGGAGGUGUUUCCUGAUGUGCGUUCUCUUUGUAUCCUUCACUCUUCCUCCUCCCUGCCUGCUGACUCCUUCUCUCACAUUCCCCUCCUGGAGCACCUCUAUUUGGAUGGCUCACACCUGGCAAAGGUGACCUCAGGGGCCUUCGCUGGUCUGCCCAAACUAAGGUUCCUCCACAUCCUCGUCUCCUCCUCCUGGGGGGGAGUGAACGUCACUCUGGAGCCAGGGGUGUUCCAGGGCCUGUCUAGCCUGGAGGAGCUCACCCUGGCUGGGAUGAGUCUGGCCCUGGCCCCCCCUGCUCUGCUGGAUCCCCUGGUACGGGUGAGGAGCCUGAGGGUGGACAGGGCUGGAGCGAGAGACCUGGGGGAACUGUUCUGUCUCCUCUCCCCUGGGAUGGAGAAACUAGAGACCCUGGAGCUGCCUGGCAGCAUGGUCAGCUCCAUCCAGAACGGAGGCUGCUCUGGAUCCAAUCCGUGGCCCACAGUGCUCCUGUCCAGGAUCCGGAUCCUGGAUCUGCGUGGAAACCCGGUGCGAAGGGUAGAGCCGAAGUCUCUGUCUGUGUUCCAGAACCUGUCCAGUCUGUCCCUGUCUAUGGUGGAUGUCUGGGUGGGCCAGCUGUGGGGGUCUGGCAUGGGGAGGGUUAACAAGCUCUACCUGUCCAGUUAUACCUUGAGACAGUUCACCCCCAGCCUGUCUGACCUGUGUACUCUGGUAGUAAAACAUGGAGUGGAGUCCUUGGAUCUGCACCUGGCCCUGAUCACAGCCUUCACUGCAGAGGUCAUGAAGAGGUGUGGUCCUGGUCUGAGGCAGCUGUCUGUGACUUCUGAGGAUCUGUCUGGUAUGGACCUGGGGUUCUGGACUGGUACCGGUCAGAUACAGGGUCUGAUGAUGGUCCUGACCAAGCUGACCAAUGCCUCGUUCUGCUCAGCAGGGGGAGGGAGGGUGUGGAACCUCACCUCUCUCAUUCUUCAUGAGAAUCACCUCACUGAGAUCACCACUGAUCAGUUCUCCUGUAUGCCCCUGCUGGAGCGUUUGGAUCUGAGUGGGAACCAUAUCUCCUCCUUGGCCCACCGGGCUCUCCAGGGGAUGCCGCUCCUCCGCGUCCUCGACCUCACCCACAACAAAAUCUCCCUGCUGGGAGAAGACGACUUUGAGGGUCUGCCUGCUCUAGAGGUUCUCCUCCUGGAAGGGAACAAGAUCUCGGGGGGCAUCGCUCAUGGGGUGUUCCGUAGACAGCAUCGACUCCAAGACCUCAGCCUGGGAGAGAUAGACAUUAUCUACCAGCUCUACCUCAACAUGCUGUUCCUGGGCUUCCCCACCAAGCUCCAGCACCUCCUCAUCGACACAGGCCCAGGAACCUACCUCACCGUAGGCCAUGUUCCCGCUCCUGAGUUCCCCAUGGUCCUGGAACUCAGAGGGAAGAUGAUCCAGUCCUCUGACUGUGAAAACAACAUGUUCCCCAUGGUCCGAGAGCUGAAGGUGGGCGAGGGGACAAAAUUUGACUGCAACAACAUUUUCCUGGCCCCCUACUUCCUCAACCUGGAGUCGUUUGAGUUCUCAGCCAACCCUGAGAAGUUUGUCACCCCCUACACCACCAUCAACCAGCUUCGAAAGCUGAAGAGGCUCAAACUGACCAACCUCAACUUCUCCAACCACACAGACCCCAGUGUUACCUUCAGGAACCUGACGGAGCUCAGGAGCCUAGUGCUGAUCAACUGUCGACUCAACUUCCUCACUAGGUCCAUGUUUACAGACCUGGUGUCUCUACGUGUUUUGAGGCUGUACAGUGAGAGCCCUCUGAUCCUGUUGGAGGGGGUCUUCAUUCCCCUGCUGUCUCUCUCAACGCUGGUCUUUGACCAGGUCGACUUCCGCUGUGACUGCUCCAACGGCUGGCUUCUGGACUGGGCUGACAACUCUCGCAAAACACAGGUGGUGCUCCUGCAGCGACAGCAGUGCAUCUGGCACUACCAACGACUCAACUUCCUAUCCACCAUGGAGCGCCUCUGCCAGACCGAAGACGACUUCCUGUCCUAUGUCUCCACAACGGCCGCUGUGUGCACCCUCCUGUGCUUGGCGCUAGGAUACCGCUUCCUCCGCUGGCCUUGUGUCGUUCUAUUCUGUCAUCUGAGAGGAUGGGUGGAGCGACGUGUGGGGAGGAGGUGGUGGAGGAGGAAGAGGAGGAUGGGGGGACAGUGGGAGGAGCUGAUAGAGGGGGAAGAGGGAGAGGAGACGGAGGAAGAGGAGGUGAGGUAUGAUGCGUUUGUGUCGUUCAGCAGUGGUGACGAGGCGUGGGUACUGGGAGAGAUGGCCCCGAUGCUAGAGGAGGGGGAGCCACGACUACGACUGUGUCUGCACCACCGAGACUUUGAGGUAGGGAAGGGCAUCGUGGAUAACAUCGCUGAGAACAUCUACUGCAGCAGGAGGACGGUGUGUGUGUUGACCAGACGCUACCUGAGGAGUGACUGGUGUGGCCUGGAGAUGAGAGUGGCCACACACCGCCUGUUGUCUGAGCACAGCCACAGACUCAUCCUCAUCUUCCUAGAACACAUCUCCCCCUUCGAGCUGUCUGCCUUCCACAGACUGGCUAAGCUGGCCAGAACCCGGACCUACCUGGACUGGCCCCAAGAUGAGGACGAGAGGGUAACGUUCUGGGAGCGCUUACGACGAAACAUCGCAGAGAGAGACGCAGACGAACUGCAUGAUCCUCCGGAAGCAUCCUGAAGUCAUCUGCAUGUUCCACGUGAUGUUCUACGUUUAGAGAGAGAGAGUGUUCGCUACUGAUCUCAGAUAAGGGUGACGUCAAGGGACUCCUUUCUGGGCUUUGUUUUUGCAUAAUAUUUUGACAUUGAUUUCUUUGCCUUCCACUUAUCAGACGCUCUUAUCCAGAGCGACUUACUGGGUUAAGUGCCUUGCUCAAGGCCACGUCGGCAUAUAUUUCACUUAGUCGGCUCUGGGAUUUGAACCAGUAACCUUUCGGUUACUGGCCCAAUGCUCUUAAACGCUAGGCUACCUUUCCUUUGUCUCCUUUCUUUCAUUCACUGAUUGUUCAAUUAACUGUUCUUGGAUCUGUGCUGUGUGUAUUUGAGCACAAAAACAACAUUAAUAUGCUAAACAUUCUCCCAUGGAAACAACACAUUUCAAUUGGUUAGAUAUUGUUUCCUGUAUAUGACCAUUUGUUUUAACACAUGUUGCACUCUGUAACUCAUUGAUGCAAUGUGAUUUUACAGUAGCUUUAUAGUGCAACACUCCUCCCAUCUAAAGCAGAGACCCACAUAGUAUAGCUGCUGUCUCAGCUAUACUGACUAAAGUGUGUGUGUGUGCAUGCUUGCAAGAGUCCUUGUCUGUGUGUGUGUUUGAAAGUGGUGUAUGCUGUCUACCUGCCCUCUCCUCAGUAAGUCCCAGGGCCUGUUGGUUCUAACCCUCUGCAGCAGAAGGACAGUGUCUUGUCAUCACUAGACAUCCAUUGCUACAGGCUGAGAGAUGAGGGUUAAUAAGACAUCCUGGUCUGUGUGAGAGCUGCUGACUAAUCAUGCUGAUGAUGCAUUUCUACAGUGUUGCGUGAAUAAAUGGGGACGUGUCUUUUUAAGAUUUGGAAUAGUCUAAACCUUCAGGCAAAGCCGUGUGUGUGUGUGUGUGUGUGUGUUUCAUUGUCAAAUCCAAAGAUAAUAGAGUCGUGUUGGACAUAUGUUUUUGUAGUUAUAUCCUCAUCGCUGUGUUUGCUCAAUUAUUAAACGGACAUUCAACUGCAA